AUGUCGAUAGAGAAAUCCAAUGACCCAACGCUGGUCGAACCCGAAGCAGCGACGGAUACGGACCACCAAGCGAUAAUGAAAAUGUUAAAAAAGAUACAGACGGACACUCAUGACGGAUUUCGAGCUUUGAAAUCGGAGUUCAAGCAGGAGGUGAAAAAUCGGGUGGAUCAGGUGAGCCUGGAGGUGAAGCAGCUUACAGCACGGGUGGCACAAUGCGACAACCUACGAACAGAGGAAAUAAUGGCUCUAAAAAAACAAAUCAGCACAUUGGAAUUGGCAAACUUGGCUCCCUCAUCAACUAAACCACCGACAAUGGGGACUGAAGGAAAACCGAUGUCACAGGGCCAGAAUUUACUCAGAAUGGCGUUUGACAAACAAAUCGACGAGCUGAAGCCAUACUAUGGCAAGAAGCAGGAGAAUGUCGAGAUUUGGAUCAAGAAGAUUGACAAACUAGCGGAAAUCGCAAAGAUGCCGAGCGAGGAAAUAUUCGUCUUGGCUCAAUUGAAGUUACAAGGAGAUGCUGAAAAAUGGUGGGAUAAUAAAAAGAAGGAAAUCGAUUCGUGGACGACAUUAAAAAGCAAGCUGAUAGACACAUUCGGACCACUGGAAUUCCGACAUAAAUACGAAAACAAAACGUUCGACGAUGUUGAUCAACUUCUCAAAGCAUUAAUACAAUACGAAGAAAAUCGACUGCGACCACCGUACGAUGAGUAUAAUCAAACAACCAAUUCAGGCCGUGAAGGUCAGCCAACAAUAUGGAACCAACAGCACUUCUCCGAAGCUGUCAACCAAGUGGCAAGCAACCAUCAACGACUACCAUGGAAUAAUAAAUCAACAGCAAUACAACAACCCAUCAAUCGGGCUGAAACCAACAACAACGCCCAACAACUAAGUCACCCAAACUAA